CUCAUCUUUGCAGGGAUUCGAACGGCCUCCGUCCAAUUGUUGAGUGGCAAUCGCAAUGAAGUCACUCUCAAGUGCCAUGUGGAGGGCUCUUCUGGAGACGGAAUGCUCGAAAUCGAAUGGUUUCGCAACAGCGAAAAAUUGAGUACCCUUAAAAACAUUGAAUUGCAACAAAAUCGUCUUAUUAUACGCCAACCCCAUGCUGCUGACAACGGUCUCUAUCGUUGCAUUGCCUCCAAUGCGGCCGGACGAGCGAUGAGCAAAAGAGGUUACGUGCUGCAGUGGUCGAACGCCGCUAAUGGCUUGCCUGAGCGGGCCAUUGUUGGAGGAAGUGAUGGUGGUAGAAGUAGCAGUGCCGCCUUCACCACUUCCAGUUGCUUACCGCGUCUCAAGAAAAAUCAAAAAUUACCCAUUGAAGCACUGAAUCAAGCCUUCCUUUGCCGCGGCAAGCGCGGUGGUCAAACGGGCGAAGACAAAUUGCCGGCCGUUAUAGAUGUUACCAUCACUAAGGGUCCAGCCAGCAAACGCGUCAAAGAAAAUGAGCCUCUCGAAUUGCUCUGUGCACACUCGGUGCCAGAAAAAUAUCGCCAAGUGCAGCUACGUUGGCGCAAAGAUGGUAAAGUUUUCCGAACAGUGGAAAUCGGUGAUACUGCCGCCGCCUCAACUUCGACGCCUACCGAGUCAGGCAAAGAGCUGACGAUGCGCGAAGAUUCCCGCCUAGUGCUCAGCCGCUCCAAUGGCUCACUUCUGUUCACGAAUGUGUUUGCCAGCGAUGCCGGACAAUAUGUUUGCCAAAUCUACGUGGAAGGUCAUCGGCCGAUUACUUCGGAGCCUGCUGAGUUACAAGUCAUCGAACAGUUGAAGUUCAUGCCGCAACCGACGUCAAAGAACUUAGAGCUAGGCAGUGUGGGGAAGGUGCAUUGUAAGGCGCAGGGAACACCACCGCCACAAGUCAAAUGGAUACGGGUGAGUCGAUAGUGUUGUACGUACUGUAAGAAAAUAAGUACAAGUCUGUUGCAGCCGGCAGCGCCAUUAGAAUGAGAAUAUGCAAAGAAGACAAAGCUGCAAAAAGAUUGUCUGAAAUAUUAAAUGUUCAAACAAAGUGCCAGCGACACAAAAGCGCAGCAGUUAUUUCACUUACCAUUGUCCACUUCAGCUAAAACUUGGUGAAUUGUUUACUUCGUAAACAAAGAAAUGACUGAAGUAGGACGAUGGACUUGAAGCUGUAACUGCAACUGUAGUCAAAAUAACCAAUUCUUUGGAGUUCAUAAAUUUCCCUUCACUUUACAGAAACGUGAAGAAAAUAACAAUAUGCAAUUUGAAACAAAAAGAAAUAUAUAGAUAUUUAUAACUAACGAAGUGCUUAGAAUAUUGCCGCAAUAACACAAAGUGAGUGUAAA